AUGGGGGUCUUCGUGAGCCACUAUGGUUGGAAUUCUAUGCUUGAAAGCAUAGCUCUAGGAGUCACAUUAAUCACAUGGCCAAUGGUUGCAGAUCAACACUUCAAUUCUAAACUAGUCGUGGAGUGUGGCAUUGGAAUCCAAGUGUGCGAGCGUAGAGAUGGAAUUCUAGAUAAGCAACGAGUGAAGGAGGGUGUUACACUUGUUUUGAGUGAAGACAAGGGGAAACUGAUGAAGAGAGGGGCAGAAAAGUUGAAGGACAUGGCUGGAAAGGCUAUUGUAUCUGGAGGAUCUUCAAACACAAACUUACAAGAUUUUGUUAGUGACAUUCAUAAGUUGCAGAUGGCAAGAACUGUUGCACGGGAGGGAUCUUUGAAAGCCCCAAAAGAUGAUUGUGUUCUGAAAAUCAUCUAA